AGCUCUGCAAUGCCGACAUGGCGGCCAAGCUGGAAAUCUAUCCCAUGCAGGAGGUGCAACGGAAACCUGUGGGCAAACCACUUAUAUUGACAUGCCGACCCACUGUACCGGAUCCGGCGCUCGUUACCGAUCUACAAUGGAAGGACAAUCUAAACAAUACGAUAUUGCCGAAGCCGCUCAAUUAUGAUCCAAUGUAUGAUUCCAAGGGGAAUAGAAAACCUGUGACGGGCCGGAAUCAGCCACCGAUGUACACGGAAACGCUGCCCGGCGAAAGCUUGGCUCUGAUGAUUAGCUCCCUGUCCGUGGAAAUGGGUGGAAAAUAUUAUUGCACAGCCUCGUAUGCAAAUACCGAUAUGAUGGAGACGAGUGUCAUAAUCAAAACAUACGUGGCCAUUACCUGGACUAAUGCGCCGGAGAAUCAAUAUCCCAUACUCGGUGAGGACUAUGUGGUGAAGUGUGAGGUGAAGGCCGAUCCGAAUCCCACAAUUGACUGGCUCCGCAAUGGCGAUCCGAUACGUACGGGCGAGAAGUAUGUGGUGCAGACGCAUGGACUGCUCAUACGGGAUGUACAGGAGACUGAUGAUGGCAUCUACACCUGCCGUGCAGCUGUCAUUGAAACGGGCGAACUGUUGGAGCGCACCAUACGCGUGGAGGUAUACAUUAGACCGCUGAUUACGGUUCUGCCUACUGCACUGGAGGCUAUUGAGGGCAAGCCGUUUGCAGCCAACUGCACAGCGAUUGGAAAACCAGUCCCUGAGAUUAGUUGGAUUAAGGACUCAGACCAAACGAAUGUGGCGACGGCCGAUCGGUUCCAGGUCAAUCCGCAAACUGGACUGCUCACUGUAAACUCUAUCAACCAGAAUGAUUAUGGAAUGUACACGUGCAUUGCCAAGAAUGCCGCCGGCGUGGUUGACCAGAAGACCAAACUUAAUGUGCUGGUCCGACCCUCCGUCUAUGAACUGUACAAUGUGACCGGUGUAAGUAAUAAGGAGGUGGCCAUCACUUGCCGCGCGAAGGGACGUCCCGCACCGGCCAUCACCUUCCGUCGCUGGGGCACUGAGAAUGAAUAUUCGGCCGGCGUGCAGGACGACGAUGAACGCAUCACCCUGGAUCAGUUUUUCGAUGAGGAGCAAGGCGAGAGCACUGGCACUCUGCGCAUUGCGCGCUCACGUCGCACCGACGAUGGUCUCUAUCAGUGCAUCGCGCGCAACAAGGGCGACACAGCGUUCAAAACAGGACACAUUACCGUUGAGUUCCCGCCAGACUUUACACAGAUGAAGGAGCUGCCGCCCGUGUUCAGUUGGGACCAGCGCAAGGCGAACCUCAGCUGUCUGGCAAUGGGUAUACCGAACGCCACAAUCGAAUGGCGCUGGAAUGGACGAAACAUCAAGGACUUGUACGACAUAAAUCUGGUGAUUGUCGGCUCUGGACCACGCAGCGAUCUCAUUGUUCAUCCGAUCGCACGUCAGUAUUACUCCGCCUAUAAGUGCAUUGCCACAAACAUACACGGCUCCGCCGAGCACGACAUGCAGCUGAAGGAGGCGCACGUCCCGGACUUUGUCUCGGCUGCUGUACCGAAACAGUUGACGGCCACCACCAUUACUUUUGACAUACGCGGCCCACCCACCGAACUGGGUCUCCCCAUAUUGGCGUUUAGUGUGCAGUACAAGGAGGCCUUCAAUCCGGACUGGUCUACGGCGCUUAAUCGCAGCUGGUCACCGGACUCGCCAUACAUCGUCGAGGGUCUGCGACCACAGACUAUGUACAAUUUCCGAUUUGCGGCACGCAAUCAAGUCGGUCUUGGCAAUUGGGGCGUCAAUCAGCAGCAGUCGACACCGCGCCGUUCAGCCCCCGAAGAGCCCAAGCCGCUGCAUAAUCCCGUGCAGAACGAUAAGGAAGAACCGGUGGUUGUCUCGCCCUACUCCGAUCACUUCGAGCUGCGCUGGAGCGUGCCAGCGGACAAUGGCGAGCCCAUCGAUCGCUAUCAGAUCAAAUACUGUCCGGGCGUCAAAAUGGCCGGCACUUGGCACGAGUUGGAGAAUCAGUGCAAUACGGUUGAAGUGGUUGAGACCACCUCCUAUGAGAUGUCUCAGCUCAGUGGCAACACAUACUAUCGCAUCGAGCUGAAAGCGCACAAUGCCAUCGGCUAUUCAUCGCCCGCCUCCAUCAUUAUGAAGACGACACGAGGCAUAGAUGUGAUCCAAGUGGCGGAACGUCAGGUGCUCUCAUCGGCCGCGAUUGUGGGCAUAGCCGUUGGCGGUGUCCUGCUGCUCCUUUUCAUUGUCGAUCUGCUGUGCUGCAUGACCGUCCACAUGGGCGUAAUGGCCACCAUGUGCCGCAAGGCGAAACGUUCACCAUCCGAAAUAGACGACGAGGCGAAACUGGGCAGUGGACAGCUGGUUAAGGAGCCACCACCAUCACCGCUACCACUACCGCCGCCAGUUAAACUGGGCGGCUCACCAAUGACAUCGCCAUUGGACGAAAAGGAGCCGCUGCGCACGCCCACUGGCAGCAUCAAGCAGAACUCUACGAUCGAAUUCGAUGGCCGAUUUGUACAUUCACGCAGCGGUGAGAUUAUUGGCAAAAACUCGGCGGUGUAAAGCGGCAAUGGCGGCGCCGAUAACGCUAUAAUGUGCACAAAGCAGGCAACAACCAAUAGUAUUUGACUAACCGUAGAGCAGCAGCAACAAAAAUAAGAACAACAGCAACAACAACAACCACAAAUAAUACGAUACAAAUAAUUAUUGAAUUAAACAAAGCCAAAGCUGGGGGACAACCUAGAUACAUACAUACAUACAUAAAUGCGAAUUAUCAUUUUGCUUUAGAAUAGAAUUGAUUUAUUGAGUGGGUAUAAUUUUUUUUACUAAAUGUCUUACUAUAUACAUAUACAUCUUAAAUACAUACGAUAUCCAAUGCAGAUGCAUAUAUAGAGAUUAAGAUGAAACAAAAACAUAAAUCACAAAUACAAAAACAUUCUUCAUGUCCAUGUUGCUUCAAUUUUUAAGCGCUGCAUAGCUUUUUUUUGCCAAACAAAAAUGAUUCUCAUUUAAGAAAAAAAUGUAAUAAAAAAUUAUAGAAGAGAAAGCCUAGCCUAAGUUAUACAUGCAAACAAAAAUAUAAAUUUAUUGCCUUACAACAAACAAAACUUACAUUUAUCUAGCAUUUAAAAGCGAAAUUACAUAAUAAUAAUAAUGAUUAUGCCUAUAAUUCUGAUUAGGAGGUUAUGUUGUGUGAGCCGAGAGCAAAAUUAAUAAUAAUUAUAAUAGGAGUAUAACUAACUUAAACAUGCCA